CGUGUUUUGUGGCCGGAAGCGGCGGAUAUGCUUACCCGGACCGGAACGGUUGUACGGAAAAACCGUCGGCGAUCCAGUAGUAAGGGAUCAACGCGGAGGGGGUCGGCACCUACAGUCCUUCAGCAAGGGGCCCAAUGUCACUCCCCAAAUCUGAACUUUCCCCCGGGGACUCGGACUUACCUCACGCCUCAGCCCUCGCCCUGUAAAAGUGUUUCGUUUAGUUUUAGUUCGGAGGGCAAAAAUUGUAUAACUCCGGAUAAUCUUUCCUUACGACAGCCCAGCAAUAUGGUUCUUGCCCCAAGCGGAGACAAGCAAUAUUAUGGGAGUGUGGUGCUUUGGAAGGAUACAGUUGAACCUGAUCAUUCUUUCUCUUUCGUCAGCAGUAUAUAUGAGGCUUCCCACGAAUCCGUAGGAGCAUGUGACUUCAUCUAUCGUGCCUUCGUUAUCAUCAGCGGAAGUUGGCCUGUCACGGUGCUGCUCGGUCUGUUCGUCGCCUUACCACUAACCAUGAUGAUCAUUGGAGUGAAGUAUCUUGACGAGUGUCCAAAAGAGCCUAAAAUCCCAAUAUAUCUCCUGGUCGGAGGCUGCUUCGGUACCAUCAAGGUUUUGAUGACGCUCUGUCACCAAAUUCGCAGACUCAAGGACGAUGACGAAGAGGAUUUACACGAUGAAAACGAACUGAUGACAAUGAGCAAAAUGGCGAACAUAGGCUUGACAAUAUUCCUCAGUAUAUGGUUCGUGUUCGGUAAUUACUGGAUUUUUGAGACAUGGCUGCCGAAAUUUCAUCCUCCGCUGCACGAACCUAAAAACUGGUGCGACAGAUCCGUCUUUACUUUCACUUUUUGGCAGCUCAUCGUAUGUCACAUCGUCAUCGGCAUCGUCGUGAUGCUGGCUAUGUUUCUUUGCUGCUGUUUUUCUUGUAUGAGAACAGUCAAGGACCUUGAGAAAGGGUAGCUAUUAAUGAUCGUCUUCCGGAUGUCGGAGAAACUGUUGUUGUCCUCGAUUUUCCGUCGCCGGGGCGUUAGAAAAUCUGAAGGCAAUCCACGACUAGACAGGCCGUGAAGACACCCGCUCUUAACGAUUAAACAGGGAUUUGCGAAUACUAGCAUAACCCCUUAACUGAUCCAAAGGACCUGGUUUUGUUUUGGACUAGCGCACGUCACUCGUACAAGUAACUGUGAUCAGUUUUGAGAGGUACCGGGAUAAACCAGGAUACAUAGGUGGAGUCCAAGGAGUUCCAAAGAAGGCAAUGUUUCGAAAUGGCCUAGGAUGGGACCGAGUUAUGGUUGAUGAUGAUGUUAACAUUCCGUUUAAGAUGUUUGAGACCUUAUUAAUUUGUCAGUGAGAGCUGUGUGUAAGGUGCUAACAUGGGCGACAGCGCUGAGAGUUUACGUAUAAUUGGAAUCAUGAGUUUUUGUCACGCGCCUAUAUGUCAU